AUGUCGCAAGCGACUAGCCAACUCCCACCUGUCCGAGCAUGUCUCUUCGACAUGGACGGUCUUUUGAUCGAUUCUGAAGACUUGUACACAGUAUGCACCAACGAGACUCUACGAAAGUACGGCAAGCCCGACCUGCCAUGGAAUAUCAAGGCUCAACUUCAAGGACGUCCCGGCCCUGAGGCCGGUCAGAUCUUCCACGAUUGGGCCCAACUACCCAUUACUCGCGAAGACUUCCUCCAACAAACAUCGCUGCUGCAACAAAAGUACUUUCCCUCGACACAACCGCUACCCGGCGUCCGCGACCUACUGAGGGAUCUCGAUGCCAACCCAAACGUGCACAUUGCCCUUGCCACAUCCUCCAACAAGAACAACUUCGGCCUUAAGACCAAACACCUGGAAGACGUGUUCUCUGUCUUUGAGCAACAACACCGUGUCCUCGGCGACGACCCACGAAUCCCCUCUGGCAAGGGUAAACCCGCUCCAGACAUCUAUCUCCUCGCUCUCGAGACCAUCAACGCACGUAUCCGUAAAGAAGGAAAAGAGAAGGAAAUUACACCGGCCGAAUGUUUGGUUUUCGAGGAUAGUGUGCCUGGCGUAGAGGCUGGCAGAAGAGCUGGUAUGCAAGUGGUUUGGUGUCCGCACCCUGGCUUGCUGAAUGAAUACAAGGGUAGAGAGGAUGAUGUGUUGGCAGGAACGAGUAUUAUGAAGCAGUAUGGUGUUAGUAGUGGAGGUAGUGAGGUGCCUGGAAAGGUUGGAGAUGGAUGGGCGAGACUACACUUGACCCUUGAGGACUUCCCAUACAAGAGCUAUGGUAUGCAGGCAUAG